UGUUCCCCGGUGCCGCCACAGAGGAGGUAUGCGGACCUGUGUGUGGUGGUGCGGCCGUGGUGGUCUCCCCUUCCGCUCGGGACUACCACUUCUUCUGAUCCCUCCAUUUCUCCUCGCGCUCCAGCUCCUCGUCGUCGGGCCGUGGUUACCUCGAGCCGCGAGGAUGGGGAUGGAGGAGCAGGAGGGCGCGGUUGCGUUUUCCGUUAUCAGCAUCGAACCGGAGAGGAGCUCACGCCAAAGGGAAACUCUGUCCCGGCGACCGGAUCUGGCAGAGGAGGGGGAGGAGGUGGAAGAUGGGAAAAGGAUGGAGGGGGCAAGAGCAUAUGAGGACGAGAACGAGAUGCACUCGAGCCAGGUCAGAUCGAGACCUUUGGAGUUGCAGCCUUGGGCUGCAGACAAGCUGUCUUUCUCAGCAGAACUCAAUCGUAUCGUCACAUAUAUUACCAGGCCACAGCUGAACUGCUCCAGGGUUUUAUCUCCAGGUCUGGCUCAGGUAUCACGGCCGCCUGCAGCUUCACCUGUCUGGCUGCUGUGUGCUGAGGAGUGGCUCCUUCCAGCUGCAGAUACACCAUGUGUUGCAUACUCCUUCAGUAUGGAUGGGGGAGAUGCAGACUUUCUAAAGACUGUUUCAGGGCUGGAAUGUGAAGUCCACAGUUUUGAUCCCAGUAACUCCAAUGCAUCUGGUGGUCACCUUGGCAACAGUUUGGCCAGUAACCAUGGUAACGGAGGUGUGGCGAGCCAGCACAAGAUGUGGCUGGAGUGGCGGGCUCCAAGGAAGCGCAAGCACAAGACAAGAGGCAACCUGGGUAGUGUUUCUCAAACACUGGCAGAUAUCAUGGCAGCUUUGGGACAUCACACAGUUCACUUCCUGUAUGUUGAUCUACUCAGUGCUGAGUGGCGAGUUUUCCAGAACUGGAUCGAGACCGGAACUUUGCAGAGUGUUCGUCAUCUGGUUGCCACAGUGCACCUGCAAUGGGCAGGGUUUGAGGUGGGCGGAACCAAUGAAGAAGUGCUCCGCUAUUGGUUCAGUGUCCUGCAGGGUCUCCAAGACUCUGGACUAAAGCUGGUCCAUAGCUCUGCAGGAGAAGGACACAGUGUCUUAAAACAGACAGCAGCAAAUGCUCACAGCUCCUAUACACUCAGCUGGGUCAACAUGAGACACUGACAGUUGUGAAUGGACAAUGGUGUACACACAUGACCAGAUAUUGUGGGUGGCCUGUAACAAAAAAGAGAGGAUCAAACUUAAAAUAGUUGUUGGGAGUCAGACUUUCGGUUUGUUUCUUUUUCCUUUGAAUCAGGCAGACAGGUUCUUAACAUGACAUCUCCAUCUGGUGGAGAUGAAGGGAUCUGCUAUUUUAUAUGUCGCCACCCUCAGAAGGAAAU